AGUGGUUUUGGCUCGAAAUGGUUUGACGCUUUUGCCCUCGCUUCAGAUUUUUUUGCAGCCUCUGCCACCGACCUGGAUAUAUCGAGUCUUUCCCGUUGAUUUCCUCUUUCUUCUACAGUCGUGUACUCAUCUUUAUCAAAUCAAGAACGAUCGAGAAAUAGAGAGAGAGAGAGAUCAAGAAGUCGGGUGCGUUUCUUUGCUUUGCACGAAGAGAUAGAGAGAGAGAUCAAGAAGUCGGGUGCGUUUCUUUGCUUUGCACGAAGAGAUAGAGAGGGAGAUCGGGGGCAAAUCUCUAAAGCACAGCGUCGUCGCCGAGUCAAUCCAAUUGGGUUCCAAAGUUUGAACCUUUAAUCUGUGAUGGCAUCAAAAGGUAUUUCGAGAGGAACAAAGAGAAUAUUAAGAGAGUAUGAUGUUGAAAGUCGUGAUAGUCAAGAAAAGAUUCAACAAAUUUGUACUACUCAAAACUCUGCUGUGAGAAGAACUGAAUCUGAUCAUUUAUGUUUUGGUGGGAAUGAGGAUCGUCCAGUUAACUCAAAGAGGUGGAAAACAUUGUUCCAUGAACAAACUGCUGGUGUUGGAGUUAGUGCAGCAUCAAAUAUUCAUAAUGUGGUUGCAGAAGGUCAAUAUUCGCAUUCAUCUGGUCAAGCAUCAUAUCAAAAGACAAAGCAAGGAUUGAUUGUAACAUGUCAAGAUUUGGGUGACAAUAUUUAUAUAUGCAAUUAUUGUAAUGCAUAUUUUUGGUCUGAAGAAUCUCUUAAACAACAAUCUGCAAAUGCACAGCCUAUUUAUACAAAUUGUUGCGGAAAAGGAAAAGUCAAACUAGAACGAGCCAAACCUACUCCAAGUUUUCUCGAAAAAUUAUUGGAUCCAAACAAUGGUUUAGAGAGCAGAUUAUUUAGAGAAAAUAUUCGAGUAUAUAAUUCAAUGUUUUCAUUUACAUCAAUGAGAGCAACAAUUGAUCAUAAAAUAAAUGCUGGAUCAGGUCCUUAUAUUUUCAAAAUUAGUGGCCAAGUACAUCAUUUGAUGGGUUCUAUAUUACCUUCUGAUGGAGAUAGUCCUAAAUAUGCACAAUUAUAUAUAUAUGAUACCAAAAAUGAAGUUGUAAAUCGUAUUAAUGCUAUUGACCCUACUCAUGUUAAUGAAAAUAUUAGAUCAGAUAUUGUUCGAGGACUUAUUAAAAUGUUCGACGAAAUUAAUGAAUUGGUCUCUAAAAGACUCUACCUACAUUGGUACAUUGGAUGGCCUUUUAUAGCCGAUUACAAUACUGUUACAAGUUUACAGCUGGAAAGUAAAAUGAUCUUCUUUGGAUUUGAAGAGAUUCGUCAAGAUAAGAUCUUGCCGACUUUUGUCGUGAUUCCGCCAGUCUUGACAGACUUUGAAGACUUUGGUGUAUCACCUUUUGACGUGUUUCUUGCCAUGCAUGAAUCUAGUCAUGCUGGAGAGUAA